AUGGCAUUUCUAUUCAAACGUGAUCCCAAGAGCCCUCCAGAGCUAGUACGAGCUCUAAACGACCACCUAGUGAAGCUCAGCAACUCAAACGAUACAUCAAGUUCCAAAAAACAUCAAGAUGAAUCAGGUAGGUAUCUAAAACAGAUAAAGGCCACUAUUUACGGCGACGACGAGAACGAACCUCAACAAGACCAAAUUCAAAUCCUAUUGACAGAGGUUCUUCAAUCAAACAACUUGUGUUAUGCGACGUAUUCUUUGAGCAGGAUGGAUUUCGACUCUCGAAAAGACGUCGUCGUCAUGUACGCUACUUUGUUACGACGAAACUCAUUAAAUGGGGCGAAACAGCCAAAUGCAACGUCGCUAUCACCUCCCCCAGUUGUCGAUUACCUAGUUCAUUCACAACCGAAAAUCUUGGACUAUCUCAUGAAAGGCCCCGAGCAUACUGAAAUAGCUCUUGUCACGGGUCAGAUAUUACGAGACUGCAUCAAAUUUGAAAAAAUCAACAAAUAUGUUCUAUACAGCCCUUUGUUUUGGAACUUCUUCAAGUAUGUGGAGAAUCCAACUUUCGAGAUUGCUUGCGAUGCAAUGAUGACGUUGAAUGAUAUAUUGACUAUCCAUAAAAAGUUGGUGUCUGAGUUUUUGGCUAAUAAUUAUGAAAUAUUUAUGGCAAACAUCAGCGAGUUGAACAGAUCAAAUAGUUAUGUCACCAAACGUCAAAGUGUCAAGCUCCUUAAUGAUUUGGUGUCCCAGAAAGCAAAUCUACAAUUCUUGCACAAGUAUUUUGCCGACACAAAGAACCUCAAGUUUACAAUGUUGCUAUUAAGUGAAAAGCUGAGAAACUUGCAAUUAGAGGGGUUUCAUCUAUUGAAGUUUUUUGUUGCCAAUCCAAAGAUAACACCAAAAGUUAAAGAAACUCUUACCAAGAACAAGUCCAACUUUCUCGAGUUUUUUAAAACGUUUGACAUUGCUAGUUUCCAUGACUCUAACCUAAUCGAAGAAAGGAAUUUCAUUAUCAAGCUGAUAGAAGAGUUGCCUGACAGGAAUGCAAUCUAG